ACCGGAUAAGAUAGUUUUGGUCGUACUCUCUUCCCCGCAGAAGAUCUUCGAUAAAAAUCUCUCCUUUUUCCCCUCGCCCUUUCUUUCUCCAUUCAACUGCUCAUUACUUGAAGGCAAAAUCUUUCCUUUUUUUCUGGCGAGUUGAUAAUACAUCUUGAAAAUUGACUCGGCCCCCCUUCAACGGUGCUGCGAGCUUGAGAAUCUAAUCCUUUGUGGGUUUCCUCUCCCCUUUCCAACCCCUUCAUCACCCCGAGCGAUAUGGGAUCCCUGGCAACAGCGGACGUGUGCGAUUCCAAUGCAGCUUCUGUUGUGAAUGGCGAUUUGCGGGUUCUCCACUCGAUUUUCCAAGCUUACGGCCAAAAUCAAUCCUUCUCGGGCCCUAUCAUGACUCUCAAGGUGUUCGAGGACAAUGUCCUGGUAAGGGAGCUCCUCGAGACAAAGGGAGAAGGCCGAGUCCUCAUCGUUGAUGGAGGGGGGAGCAGGAGAUGUGCCCUGGUGGGAGGGAACCUGGUCCAGUUGGCCCAGAACAAUGGAUGGGCUGGGAUUGUGGUCAAUGGGUGCAUCCGGGAUGUGGACGAGAUUAAUGGGUGCCAUAUUGGCGUCAGGGCCUUGGGCUCUAACCCAUUGAAAUCAAACAAGAAAGGGGUCGGGGAGAGGAAUUGCCCUGUCUACAUAGCAGGCCACUGGGUUCGUGAUGCAGAGUGGCUAUAUGCCGACAGCGAUGGAAUCAUCGUGUCCAAGUCGGAGCUUUCUGCGUAGGACCCGAACGGGUCCAGUCAGUAAUAAACUUUUAGCUGCAGCAGCAGAUGGAAUCAAUGGCUGCUUAACAGAAUUGAAAAGAAACCCUCUUUGCUUGGAUUACAAAGUUUUCUCGUGUGCAGUUGGUGAUCACAUGAACCUCAUCAUUCACAACCUACUCGGGCUUAAUUCUAGAAACUAUUCAAAUCCGAUUCAGUUUCGUCCAAGCUCGAGCCAGACUUCGGUUUAUAAAUACUCUGCUCGAGCAGAUAACGAGCUGAAGUGAGUACUUCUUGUCAAAUCACUUUGAGAAGGGGAGAAAUACAGCGAAAGUACAAAAAGUUUUUCAUUUUUGUCGAUCGAGUCAGGUAAGUUUUACUUUGAAUUUUUCUGUUCUAUAACGUUUGCUCUGUUGACAUUUUUAGUCCAAAUCGUGACCGACCACUAAUGGUUGAUGACAUGGACAUUAACACCACUAAACCUUGCGGCUUCUUCUCAGCUCAAAAUGCUCUCCAAAUCCGCUUCUCCCUUGGAAAUAUGACAGUUUUCAUGCCUUAUUCUCAUUUCAUCGGUGGACUUCUGAAGAUUGAUGAGAUUGUUAUUUUUUUUUCUUGAUUUCAGAAGAUCCCACUCUAAAAUCUGUCAUGUGGCCGACCUCAUCCCUUGAGCUAGGGCUUGACGGCGAGGCCCCAUCCUCGGCAACAACCCUGCCCUGACAACGGGUUGGGUUUCCUUUUUCUUUGUUUGUUUUUUCGAAAACAAUUUUAUAAUUUUUUUUAAAAAAUUCCAUGUAUAUAUUUAAUGAACGCAUGGAAAAUAUUUAACGGUGUUAACGUUCA